UGAGGUUGCACACGUUUCACGAGAGGAGCGCCGCUCGUGUAUUGUGACGCGCUUCAUUCUACGCUGUUCUUACUCGAUACGGAGCAUUCUCGUAUUCGCGAUUACGUCGAAUAAUCUGUUUCAAGCGUCUGUUUACUGUAAAAGCAUCGUAUGCGGCGACCGAUGCCGUGCGGUAGUGUUAUGUAGUGUGUGACAGUACGUCACAAGAGGAUACAGUGUUGCCACAUCGUGGGCGCGAACACACAGCAAGAGCGGUAUUUUGAUUCGUAAACGUUUAUGAUACGAUCGCGAGUGCAUUUAUGGAGGGAUACAAGGAUUAAUUCGUUCCAACGAUAACGGAAAAUAGUGAACGUUACGACGACACAGUAAAUUCCGGAGUUUAUCGGUAGAACGCCAGUGACAUUUGGUGCGGUGCUAUCGACGAAAUAGAGUUGGCAACGUCGCAUCGACUGCUCUCAACACAAACACACGCAUACACGUACCUAGAAGGGAACUUGGGGUGGCUGGGUAGCAGGCAGGCGGCAGGCAGGCAGGCAGGCAAGCAAGCAAGCAGGCAGGCAGGCAGGCAGGCAGGCAGCUUUCUUGUUCCGAGGACGGCGCUCCUGGUCGCGCCGUCUCUCUUUUCUACCUCCAUUGCGCUUGCUCUUCUCUCCCUCUUCUCCCUUCCCCUCUCGUCCUCGGUCACUCAAUCACACUCUCCUUGUUUUACUUUCUCUCUCGCUCUUACUCGUAUGCGGCGCACGUACCGUUGAGAGCUUCUCCCUCCUCCUUCGGUAGUCUUUCUCUACCGUUACCCCCUCCCCUCCUAACCUCGAGCGGGUCGGGCGAGUCCACUAAGCUUGCGAGGGGAGUUCGGCAGACCUCGGCUCUAGUCGGCCUCGAUCUGCAGAAUGUACUAGACGCUGUGAGUCGAUCGCUCCAGUUUUCGAAUAUUCGCAUAUAGGAAGCCUGUCCGGUGUUCACAGGGCUUCCAAACGUCUUUCCGCGUUUCAUUCGCGGAUUCAUAAGUCGCUAGUGCCUAUAUCGACGUCAAUUUUCACCAUCAGCUUGGGACGCACUCGACCAGCGUAUAUCCGUACGACGGCCAUGUUUGGUGUUUACGAGGUGAGGGGAAAUCGCUGACGUCACGAGCCCCGAUCUUGCACGAAGGGAGCAGCAGCACCAGCAGAAGCAGAAAACGUGUUGCCGGCCAACACAGACACCAAGUCCGUACACGACUUGAAAAAAGACGAAACGCAGUCGAGUGGCCCGAUUGCUCGACGAAUAUCGUACGCGAGAUUAUUGUGCGUUGAACACACGAAGAAGAAACUCACGGUGCGCAAACUGUGCCGCCUGAAAUUCCCUUCUCGAUGGGACGUGCGUGUACGCCGACUUCGCUCGUGUUCGCCGGUCUUACCGCGACUACUGGCCUUUCAAAAAACAUCGGGCGCAUUGCCGCCUCGCCGCUGAAAUAGCAGCCACUCUAAUCACCGUCGGUCGACUCCGAUCAGUGCGGAAAACAUCGAGCAAUGCCGAGUGUUCUCGUAUUCGAGACAACACGUGCCGCAUCUUGCUUCACACAAUUUUCAUUGAAAAUGUUUAACACGUCGAAGAUGCGAUCGAAUUGAUCGCCCUUCGGAAACACGUGGUCAUCGUAUUUCAUGUUGUGUAACGUCUGCUCCAAAACGCCAACGGAGAAUUCGGAGCACUCAUUGAAAUUAACGCAACGUUUGCCUUGUUAAAACGACAAUUGUCUUGGUCGUUUUGUCGUGUUUACGUGUGUCAUCCAAAUUUAAUUAAAGAGUGCCGUGUGGUGUCCGAUCUAGUUUCGGUACAUAUGGUGUUACAUUACUCGGUGUGGUUUAUUAGUGACGCACAUCGCUCUUUUAUUGGAUAUAGUAGCAUCUCCCAUACACGUACAAAGAACAAGGAUUAAAACAUCAUGGAUCUGGGUGACAGAGUUUACGCUGCGGAACGGAUUACGAAGAAGAGGUUAAAGCGGGGCAAAGUGGAGUAUUUUGUGAAAUGGAAAGGAUGGAGUAAAAAAUACAACACGUGGGAACCGGAAGAGAACAUAUUAGACGUCAGGUUAAUCGAAUUAUACGAAGAAAGUCUAAGAGGUGGGGAAGUGGUUGUUACAAGAAGACCUAGGCGGAGGGAUGCCAGGUACAAUGAACAAGUUCUGGCCAAUUUAGUUGUCGAAGAAGAACCUGGUGGAGACGAAAGAGUCGGCGAAGAUAGUCAAGACGAGUCGACUACCGGUAGUACAUCAGCUGCCCGUUUGAAUCCCGUUGCACCUGACGAAGAUACGCUUCCAAGUUCCCUCGAUGGGCACGAAUCACCCACGGUUCCGGAAUUAUUGGCAUCCUCGUUUAACGUCGAUUCAGAUAGCUCCAAUAGUAGCGUGGACAGUCCCCUGCUGCCAAGGAGAGAACCAACGGGUACAAAAAGAAAAGCUGAGGUUCUCAGCAAAGAAUCGGGGAAAAUCGGCGUUACCAUUACCACGAGCAGUCCAAGCAGCGGUAGUGGAAGUCCGCCGCCAAAUAAAAUCCCUCGGUUAUUACCUCUGAAGACUAAUCCUGCGUCUCCUCCUUAUCAUAGUCACAAAAUUAAUGGUAGAAGGCCGUCGUCGUCCAGCGUGAAGUCCACGCCGGAGGAACCGUCGCCAGCGGUACCAACGACGCCAGCACCAGCGGCGCAGGACAAAAAACGUCCUGAGGCGGACGUACCACACGGUCCACCACCCUCGCUACCGCGUGCACCGCCGGCACCCCUAUCUCCGCAGAUAGAUACACCUUUGGAACAGCCUACCAAAAAGAGGCAUUUGUCGGAACAAAAACAAGAGAAGUCGAACGGGGCCGUGACUGUGGACGCGAACGGUCAUAAAUCGCCCAGCCCUACGGACUCUUACACGAACAACAAUAGGUUACCGACUGUCGUGAACGGGCAUCAUAGUCAUAAUAAUAACAACAACCAUAACAAUAAUAAUAACAAUACUAACAAUAAUAAUACGUCGAGUAUAAAACAAACUGAAAUCACGAAGACAGACGUGUACGUCCCUCUCUCCAGCCCUGGUACGGAUUACUGGCACGCGAGGAAUCCAGUCGCCGAUCAGGUGUUCAUUACAGACGUCACGGUGAACCUUAAAACCGUUACCAUCAGGGAGUGUAAGACUGAGAAAGGAUUCUUCCGGGAGAGGGAUCCGAAAAGCGAUAUCUAUUAACGUACUACGAAUAGAGACCUUUACUGUGAAUUUUAUCGAACUACUGUAAAUAUAAAUUAUUUUCACAUGUCGAGUGGUAAGCCGAGAAUAUAUUGACUGUACCAAGCGAUUAAACUUUUCUAAGUAACGGACUUCGCGGAUCGUCGAGGAUUGAUGGGGUGAGUGAUAUCGAGAGAAAACUCGCCGCUCAGUUUCCGGUACUGUACCGUUCCGUGUGAAGUUCCAAAAGCCAACAGAAAAAUAGAAACGUGAGCCUCAAAUUCGAUUCAUCGUUACGCGAUAUUCGUGGAUUUUAUUAAAACUGAAAAUUUAAUAGUCAGCUUCAGUAUUGCAAGGGAAUACGUGUAAAUCAACAACAAAGAUAGUAAGACCGUAAUCGUUGGGGGUGUACGAGAACCCGAAAUAUCGGGUCGGGUCGGGAACACGAAUAUUUUUCGGGAUUGGGACGGGUACCCGAAAGUUUCGAGAUUCUCGAAUUUUUAGGACUUCCGAAAAUCCCGAGAAGUCGAUGAACAGUGUGUACACAAUACCCAAGUAUGUACUAAGCACGCAGUCACACGUUUGUUUACAUCAAGUCACAUGAUUCUUAGAGUCGGUGUUUCCAAUAACUUGUCGAAAACUGGCAGAAGACAUUGAAAGAAUGUUGUCCAUCACGAAUUCUUUUUAAGGAUUUCAAACAUUAUCGGGAAUCUCGAAAUAUUCGGGAACUGGGCCCGUCUCGACUGGACCUCUUCCCGAUUCGUCCCGACCAUCGGGUUCUUGCACACCCUUAGUCAUCGUACAAUGAUUAUACACGAGGAACGAUAACUUUAUGGAUUACUGUCGCGUUGUACGAUGUACACUUAUACAUUUUAAAACGCUUGAUAGACCUUAACUGUACUAAAGAUCUGAAACAACGUUAGAGGAUAAUACAUUUUCUCAUUGAUUGCAUUUCCGCUUCUAUUAGAAUUCUGCAGAGGAAACUGUGUGAAAUUAGUUAAUUUCGAAUUUUACUAUGAUAAAUAGUACAGAUCUGGAAAGAAAUAUUUUUCUAAUUCGUUUUUAGAAUAUGGAAGCAGCUUUGUAGAAGCGAGUUCGAAGCGAAAAAAAAAAAAAUUUUUCGAGUAUAAGAAAACCAAGGUUGUUUAUCUUGACAACGUAUUUCUCAGCAUUAUGAUAUUAUAUUGUAUUUACUGAUAAAUAUUUAAUUUGUUUUUCCGUUCUUUUAGCGAAUAAUAUCGUGUCACAAACGAAAGGUGAUGUCAUUCAUUAGUAGGUGUUAGAUUCAUCUAGAGGCAUAAACACAUUGAUUUCUUCAAGUUGUUGUAACAUCACAGAUUUUAAUGCACAGAAAGCAAAAAGCAAUGCAUGUUUGUCGACGGCAUAGCACGCAAUGACUUUGUAACCUGUAACGUGUUUCAUCAGUUUCUAAUUUUGUUAUGAAUUGAUUUCGUGUUAUUUAAUGUUAGCUGUUGCAUUUUUUUUUUAUACCGUCAAAUGUUUUUCAUUUCUAUUUAAGGACUGACUGCGCAUAAAGUAUUCGAUGAGAUAAAAAUAAUGAGAACGCAGAGCGCGAUUCAAUCCCAACGGUAUCGAAGAACCUUCACGCGUACCCUGAGAGCGUAAUUUUAUUUCUAGAUGUGUUGUCGAGUAUGUCACCAAAUAGAUGUUCCUACCUCGAACGGUCAUCUCGAACAUAAAUUGAGUACAACAACCAAAUUCUAAUCUUAUCGAACUUACACGCUAUUCGAGCAUCAUUUAAUUUUAACGAUUUCGCACCGUACAGUUCGCGUACACUUUCAGAACCAGUAAAUCCGUGAUAUAGUUAAAUAAUAUAAGUAUAAAACUUAAAACAUAUAUGUUGCUUAUUUAUUGUAACUAAUAUAAAAGUUUUUAGGUUUUUACGUUUUUAAUAUAGUAUUAUUAGACUGUGUACGCAAUGCGUCCCUUUAACGAAGCCUGGAUCAAUUAAACAUUUCUGUGGUACAUUAGGCAGAAGAAGCCUUCUUAUAAUUUAAAGCAUUGGAAACACUAUCGUGGACAAAGUGUUCCUAAGACCGCUUAAUAUUUUGUAUAGACUGUACAAUCUAAAAUAGCGAUUUAUCUUUUUAAAAAUGGGGCUAUUUGUGUACAAUUAGGUCGCGGUCCCUUGCGAUGAAAAUUGCAUGGGAUCGAAUAUACAUUUAAAUUGUUGUAAUGUAAUAUUGUACAUUGAGAAAUGGAAUUCUGUAAAAAGUGUAAAUAGGCAGAAACUUACACACUAUGAUAAAGGAGCGAGAAACUUGCGUUAGCUUUAGACCUUUCAGUUAUUAAUUGUAAAUAGAUGAAGCGAAAACCCCUUUAAGUUGUAAAUGUAAAUCGCAACUGCAGGUCUAGAGGAGAUCCUUUUUAGCUUUAGAAUUUGAGAUAGACUGUGCGCGUACCUUCGAUAUUGUUUCUGUACUUAUAGAAUAUUCAGACUACUUAUACGAUACACAUGGGAAAAAAAAACUGAUAACCCAGCGAUUACGCAGGCAUAUACGAUAUGUGAACCCCGGUAGUACCAAAUUCAACGGUAAUUUUAGUUCUGUCUGGUACAGAUUCCUUAUAUUUCAAUAAAACCUUUACUUGAACUUUGCCCGCGUGCAGUACUUGUUUUCCAUCCAUUUGAAGCCGAACGUAUGUUUUAUUUACUGAAGCCUCGAAACCUGACUCUUUUUUUAAGUUUCAAUUUAUGUUAUUAUCUAAUGUGUAAAGUUAAAGGAGAAUAAAAUAACAGUUAUUCUAAAAAUUUCUAUCGAACAUGUGUUACGAUUAACGUUAAUGUAUAUAAUUUUUAUUAAAAUUUCGUAUUGGCCUUUGACGAUCGAUCGAAGACGUCGUAACGCAAUCAAAGUUAAAAUAUGAUGGAGCUGUUGACAGUUCUUAUUUCGUAACACUC